AUGGAGCAUUCCAAAGAUGAAACGUUGGACUUAUCGAGGCGUGGGCUGAAGAAAAUAGAGAAAGCACCACCAGAAGAAGCGAAAACGAUCAUCAAUUUCAUUCUUGACGAGAAUGAACUACAACGCUUGGAUAAUCUUGACACGUACAACCGCGUUGAAAAUUUAUCAAUAUGCAACAACUUUUUGCUAAGAAUGCAUGGUGUGUCUCGGCUGACAAAUAUCAGAGUUCUCUCCCUGAAUAACAAUGGAAUUUUGCAAAUAGAGGGACUAAAGGAUAUGAUCUAUCUAAAAGUAUUAAAACUAGCCGGUAAUAAUAUAAAGUCGAUUGAACAUCUCAAUCACAACAUGCAUUUAGAAUAUUUGGAUCUGUCGAGUAAUCAGAUAUCAUUUAUAGCUGAUAUUUCUUACAUGAAGCAUCUUAAGCAUUUAAGCUUAGAGCGCAACCGAAUAAUGGACUUGCGUCAAUGUGACAGAUAUCUGCCCCCGCAGCUAACACACUUGGGGCUAGCCCAUAACAACAUUCCUGAUUUGAAUGAGGUAUCUUUUUUGGUACACCUAAACGAAUUGGAUAGUUUCACAAUACAAGGAAACCCAUGUGUCGCUAUGGCAGGAAAGGAUAAAUUAGGUUUUGACUAUCGUCCAUUUGUUCUCAAUUGGAUCAUGAGCGUCAAAUCUAUAGAUGGUUUUAUCGUCAGUGCUAUUGAAAGUUUAAAAGCUGAGUGGUUGUACAGUCAAGGCAAGGGACGUCAUUUUAACGCGGGCCAACACCGGGAGCUAUGCGAGUACUUGGCCUCCACAUGCCCACUCACAGCUGACGCCCUUGAGACAGAAGAUCAAAGGAAACUCAGACUUAUACUGAGCAAGGCGCAACACCAUCAACAGCAGUUGAAGGAUCAAAACCAUAGUCCCAAUAAACCAAAAUUGCAGUCGCCAAGAAUGCAAGCUCGUAUCGCCCCACGCCAUAUGGGUCGAUCGCCAGACCGCCUCAGUUCGAGCUACCACGCCUCUGUGUCUCGGACUUCGUCCCCCGCGCCCCAUCCGCCGUCGAACAACGUCAUGUCGAUGUCUUGCUCGGAGCUGCCUGCCCGUGAAAAUCACCAUGAUAGACGAGUUUCAGAACAACAUCACCCACAUCAUCAACACCAGAAUCAACACCAGAAUCAAUAUCAAAACCAACAGCAACCUCAAAAUCAACAAGCGAAUCUCCCAAACCAGCCUUUGGAAGCUGCCUCCAAAAUGGUGCCAGUACCAGAAUCUCUAAUGAGUCCAGACUACCAAGACCCCAUUUAUGACAUACAAAAGACUUUGCCAAAGAGUUCGGUUUCGAAUUCCUCACAAUCUAGUAAUAGCAGUCUUCAAGAGGAGAAGAGGAGAAGAAGUCUGAAGGGAUCACCACGGCUUUGUAAAAGCGCAACGUCAUCUCCGAAAUUGAGAACAAAAAUGGAGCAACGCAACGGAAAAGCGGAGCCAAAAACAGAAAAAGAAAAACUGAAUGGCAUCACACAAGAGAAAGACAAAAUAGACCCAGAUAAGUUGGAAGUGAUUAAGCUGGCGUCGAAUCAGCGUCGCCAGAAGAAGAUGAGCGUUGAGAACAUGGCUGCCACCACUAUACAGCGAAUGUGGAGAGGGUAUAGAAGUCGGAAUCUCAAUAAGGACACCAUGAGGAUACUUCACGCAAUACAAGCAGCUCGAGCAAGGCAGCAUAUACAACGAUUAACUUGUGACAUGGAAGCAACUAAAGCAGCGUUAGAGAGUGAAAGAAAAAUACAGCAACUACAGAUGCAGGCCAUCAAUGCCCUCUGGAAGAAAGUCUCAACUUUACAAGCUCCAGAUAUGCACAAACAGAAAAUUCCCGACUUAGACGAUAAUUCCGAAGUACUCAGGCAGCUUACAGAAACAUGCUUUAAUUUACAAUCACAGGUGGAAGAGUUACGUGGAUGCAUGCGCGAAGUACUCCGCGCCGUGAAAUCUACCAGCGGGGAACAACGCGCAACACAAACAGACAUCACAGCAUUGACGACACCACAGGAAGAACGUGUUAGCUGGCUUCGCCGACCACAGUCGCUGGCUCUUCCUGCCACCUCGCCACUGCCUGACGUCGACAAAACUGAAAGUGACUCUUUGAACAUUGAGAGAACAGAAUCCGUCAUAGAAGAACAACAACCGAGCAUAGAUACAUAA